UCCAGAGAUUAUUGGGACUAGAGGACUACCCUGAGAGAAGACGGUCACAAGAGAGAAGACGCACAGACAAAGAUAUUGAUAAAUCAGGGUGGAGGGACCGAAGGUUUAUCACUUUAAACUAACACAACCCAGAGACACAGGUGAGCUGAUAAGGCAGUCUAGCUCAGUUUGUGUGUGCUUUAGGGUAGUAGACCUUGUCAGUGUUUCAGAGUCAGGGGCGCUUUUCGCACAUGGAACGUCUAGAGAGCUGUGUGUUCUAAAACUGCAGAGAAGAGCGAGAAGACCAAAUAUACUGAGAAUGCAUAGAAAGACUGCUUCCUGUUCACCUCACUUGUGUCGAAACAAAGAUAGACACCGAGCUGCCUAAAGGUCAACUGGACUCUUCAACUGAGUGACCUCCACUUCAGCCUAAAAGUGUUGAACUCACUGACAGUACACGCCAUUAAGUCCAAGAUGCCUCUGAAGACCACCUUGUACCUCAAAUCAGCCAGCAUGCGCUGGCCCCGCAAGCAGAAGCGCCGUGAGCUGCUAUCAGUCAACAUGAUCAGCCUACCCUUGGGUGACUUCCGCCACCUCUCCCACAUCGGAUUGGAUGCCCACGGGGAUGUCUUCGGCGACCUCGCAACCUUCCAGCGGACCGGAAGUCUCAUCCUCCACAGCUCUCAAAGCCACCAGGACCUCUACUCCAACAUCACCCCCAAUGAGACCCCCCCACCCCCACCCAAGCCCCCACGCCUCCUCAGCCCAGAAGAGAUGGAUGCACAGGCCUCCAAAGCCAGAACCCAUCCCCAGGCUUCCAGGCACCAGAGGUGCCUCUUUCUGCCUUUACUGGAUGUUGUGGAGGUGGUGUCGCAUGACAGUUUGCACCACGAAGAGGAGGUAAAGCAGGAGCAGGAAAAGAAGGAGGAGGGAGGGUUAACGAUGGGGCCGGAUGGAUCCGAAUUGAACACGGCCCCCCAACAGGCUCCUUGUCCCCCAGUGGAGGCCCAUCCAGGGGUCGAUGAAGACUCGUAUUUUGUCCUGAACCUUGACUUGGGGCCGUCCAUACUAGAAGACGUGCUGCAAGUGAUGAACCAGCUUCACCAGUGAGACUUUGAGAAGUGUGGCCGUCUUGUAAUAUAUUUUAUUCUAAGGUCCUUUCAAGAAACACAACAUAUAUAGGGGAGAAAGGGGUUAUGUCAUGGAUGGAAAAAUGAGCUGGACUAUUUUCAAUUGCCAGGAUGCUAAUUGGCACAUUUAUUUUUAAUUACUGUCUUCAUAGAAGACAGAUUGUAUAAUAUUUUCUUAUUUUGGAUGCAAGAUGAUAUGAGCCUCUAUUGUUAGUUUGGCUAACUAGAGCAAUGUGUCAUAUCUGGGUCAACGCUUUGAACAGUUGCCUUUCUCAGGUGAAAGCUCUGUGAGCCAAUGACACUCCACCUGGAUCAUGUGACUUUUGUAACGCAGGUGUAUAGAGGAGACAUGUUGUGAAAGGUAAGAAAGACAGACGGUAAACUACUUAUGAGACAUAGCUCUGAGGCAGAUGUUUAUCUGACAACUUCUAUUGUGAAACACUGAAAUAAGACUGGUGGAUUUUGCUUUUCAAUGUUUAGGCCCACUAUACAGGGACAAUGAACACUAGCUCUCCCAUAGUCAGACAUAUAAGCAAUAAGGACAGAAGCUGGGUCAUUCUACGAAAUGAGUCACUUUUUAGUCCCUUUGAUAUUUUAAGUAUAAAUUGUGCUCCAAUCUAACAUUUUAAAAGCCUUUUUUUAUAUGAAUCAAUACUUGCUAAAGUGCCAAAUCUAUGCACCCUCUGUGACUUCUAGGAAGAUUUUAACCCGCUUAACCCCAACAUUUCUCCAAGUUGUCACCAUCAUUGUAAAGCCCUAGUUGUUUGGUUGCUUCGACAAAGUAAUUUCUUCAUGUGAUUAGUGAUUCGUUUUUUAGGUUAAAAAAAAAACGUGCCCCUCAUUUUAAGGUCAACCCUGUUAAGUGAACUGAACUCUGGUGUUAAUAUGGUGAAACUGUUACUUUAAAAAAACAUUGAACAUCUAAUAGUCAAAUCAUAAUGUCAUUUCUGUUUUUUUUGUGUUGAAAUACUGAGUGGGUCAAGCAUAACACAUCAAACUUGUUACCCAUAGAUUGACAAUUACACAUUUUUGUAUAGCUGGCAUUCAAUUGUUCCUUCCUGUUGCACACAAAAAGCUUCCAUUCCUCAUGUCACAAGGGGAUUUAUUGCUGAUUUAUGAUGAAAUCGUCAACCCUGUUAUAUCGCAGAAUGUUAAAAUUAGGUGAAAUAAAAUGUUAUUUUUGGGGGGGACCAAGUUGCACUACCCAAAAGGGACUUAUUUCUAAAACGACCCAGCAGACUCACAAGAGUGUAUAUAGAUAGGCCUAUUUUAUUUUCUUGUCUUUCUUACCAAGGGGAAAGUUCAAAUCUUUAGAAAUAUAAAACUGUAUAAGUCUAUUAUAAGUUAUUACAGGGUUUAUGGUGUGACUGUGAACAGUAUCAGUCUAUAAUAAAUAGAAAAUCAAAGCUCUUUAGAAAAUCAAAGCUCACCGACAAUCCACUCGUUCCUCAUAUCAUUAACUUUUAGAUAUAAUUUUGUUUUGGCUAAGGUGGAGCAUGAACUCUGCCCGGCACAAGGAAAUCACAUUUGUGCACAAUCUGUAAGCUUUAAUUUGUAAAAUAAAAACCAUAAAGCCAA